AAAAAGCCGCCGCCACGCGUCCCAGAAUACUUUGCGAAGUCAUUGACAACACGUCAAAAAUGGCAGAUCCAGCGCCUAGUAAAAGUGAUAUUGAGGAAAUUUUUAAAAGAUUACGAGCUAUUCCGACAAAUAAGACAUGUUUCGAUUGCAAUGCAAAAAAUCCAGCAUGGUCCAGUGUGACUUAUGGUGUUUUCCUAUGCAUCGACUGUUCUGCAGUUCAUCGAGGAUUAGGUGUCCAUUUAACAUUUGUUCGAUCUACUCAACUUGACACAAAUUGGACUUGGUUGCAAUUGAGAAACAUGCAAUUGGGUGGAAAUGCAAAUGCUAGAAAAUAUUUUGCACAACAUAAUUGUACAACAACUGAUGCUCAACAAAAGUAUAAUUCACGUGCUGCUAUGCAAUAUAGAGAAAAAUUGGCACAGGCAUCUGCUCAAGCAAUGCGGCGUUAUGGAACAAAGGUUUUUCUUCCUUCAACAAAAAAUAAGACAAUGCUGCAUUUAGAUGAUGAUCCAACAACAUCUGAAGAGCAAGGUGAAAUUGAUUUUUUUAAAGAACAUGAAAGUGCUGAGAUAUAUCAUCAAUCUUCAGUAUAUCCUGAGGGAAAUUCAGUUCCUGCUUCUAAUUCUGUAUCAAUCAAUGACAAUGAGGACAAAAAUAAUCAAAAAGAUAGCUUAGAAACUGCUGCUAGUUCUUUAGGUCCUACUGUUAAGUUAUCUGAUUCUACCUCAAACUUGGUAUCUCAAAGGAAAUCAACCAUAGGUGUCAGAAAGGUUCCAAAUAAACGAAGUGGUUUGGGCAAGAAAACUGGUGGGUUAGGUGCUCAAAGAGUCAAAACAAAUUUUGAUGAAUUAGAAAAAAGUGUUGCUGAAGCUAAUAAAGAACCACAGGAGAAAGAUCAACAAGAAAAUACAAAAGAAGAACAAGAUGAAAUUGCUACCCGGCUUGCCUACCGCUAUGAAAAGAAUUUAAGUGAACAGGCUAAGAAGAUAGAACAGAGAACGAAACAAUUAGAUCCUUCUAAAGCAACACAAGCAGAGCGUCUUGGUAUGGGAUUUAAUGCACGAAGUGGUGCAAGUCAUUCUGCAGUUGGUGAUAUGAGAACAAUAAUGCAGGAAACAUCAUCAAGGACUAUAACUGCUUCUGAACCAAGACCGAGAGAUGUUGAUGUCGAACGAGAUCCUUUCAUUAAUUUAGAUGACUUUUAUGUGGUCUUUUCAACACCAUACACUAGCAAUACCAACAACAAAUCUCGUAAUGAAGAAGUUAUUGUUAUCGCAGAACCAGAACCACCAAAACGUGUAGCUCCAUUGAGCAAACCAAAUAAUAGUAAGAAUGAUGUUAAAACGAUGGUAGAAGGAGAAGCACAGAAGAAAUUUGGUAGUGCCAAGGCUAUUAGUUCCGAUCAGUAUUUUCAGGACAACAAAGAUGAUGAUUCUGUGAGUUGUCAUUACAUAUUAAUAUUCUUUUUGUACAUUCUAUCGUUCUAUUUAAAUUACAAUUUUAUGCCACUUUUUUUACAGUGGGAACGUAAAAAUAAUUUGCGCCGUUUCGAGGGUUCGUCUAGUAUUUCAUCAGCUGAUUAUUUUGGCACAGGAAGUUCCACUGUCACAUCCCCCACGUCUUCUUUAUCAAUACGUCUUAGCGGUGGAAGAACUGGAGUCGAUUUAGAUGAUGUUAGAGAAAGUGUACGUCAAGGAGUAAAUAAGGUCGCAGGCAGAUUAAGUUCUCUUGCCAAUGCGGCUGUUUCUUCUUUACAAGAUCGCUAUGGACUUUGAACGAAAAUUUGCUGCAUUUUACUAAAAUUGUUACUAUACUUAUAUUUGGACACUUCUUGUCCAUUGUUCGAAACUGUAAAUAAAAACUUGUAAUUCAGCUUA